UACUAAAUUACAUUACGAGCGGCAGAACUUGGGACUCGAGGUGCAGCUCGACAUGGCGACUAUCCAAAGCAAAUCGACAGCACCACAAUCUGUUACUGCAAGCAGGCUUCCUCCCAAGAAGGAGGAGCAAGAACUCCGGCGAGCCUACUCUGAAAUGGCGAGCAACAUGGAGAAGCUCGUCGUCGCAAGCAGCAGCAGCAGCAACCCAUGCCCUGACGACGGCGCCGACGUCUCGGAGGUGGAGACGGUGCGCUGCGCGUGCUGCGCCGUGGCCGAGGAAUGCACGGCGGCGUACGUGGGCGGGGUCCGCGCGGCCUUCUGCGGCGACUGGCUGUGCGGGCUGUGCGGGGAGGCCGUGAAGGAGCGGAUGGUGCGGGACCCGUCCGGCGGCGUGGAGGCGGCGCUGGGGUCCCACGAGGCCGAGUGCCGGGACUUCAACGCCACGAGGCUGAACCCGACGCUGUCGCUCGCCGGGUCCAUGCGGGGCAUCGCGCGCAAGAGCUUCGACCGGAGAAAGACGACGACGUCGACGUCGUGCCAGGACCGCCACCUCCGCACGGCAGCGUCCAGGGCGGUGGCGCUCGCGAGGUCAGUCAGCUGCGACCCGCGGUUCCUGGCGGACGUGAUUAACGGGCCGUCCGGGGAGCAGUCCCGAUGAGGCCACGGCCCACAACCUCACCUGCCAGCCGGGUUUAAUGAUUUGUACUCGUAUUUGCUAAAAAAAGACAUCCAUCUAUUCAUAAAUAGCAGGAGUGUCGAGUAAGUAAUAAGCUUACUAAAAGAGGACAUCGAUUAUGUAGUACUAUGUGCCAUCGAUGUGAACGUAGCCUACGCCAUACACUUCCUGUAGACAGUUUCAUAGAUCUUUCAUGCAUACAAACAUAUUGUGUGUAUGCACGUGAUGUAUUCCUUUGAUGCACGUGGGCAAUAUAGAACGUUAUGUGUGUAAUUAUUCUAAGAAAAUAAAUGCUACAACAUGUUUCUCAA